CUCUGCAUUGCUACGGUCUGCACACUGACUGCACAAGCUGACGUUGAGAUUGGCCUAUAUCAGUGUGGCCUCGAGCAGCUCCUUGAGUGCAUCACCAGACAAUACACCCUCAGCAUCUGUCGUCUCGACCUGCACACACAAUCAACAACAAUGAAUGCCACACAGACAGACAGACAGACAGACAGGGAUGAGCAUUACGUGUCAUUCAUUAGUGCGUACGUUAGUGCGUCCGUCUUUGACGAAUGGCGAUGGGUCGAGGGUGUAGGUGCGGAUCUGACGACCGAACGACACCUCAGCUGAACCCACUCACACACACACACCGACAGGCAUACACACAUACACCUAUGCAUUGAAUGUUACAGCCCCACCCAUUUACCGGGCUGCACUUCCCCUACGUACCGAUUUGUGAUGCGAUGGCGGUCCUCUCCUUCUUCUUGUCCUCCUGCUGCUGGGCCAGCAAUUUUGCCUUGAUCAUCUGCAGGGCCGCGCUGAUCAGCGAAAGGAGGGGACAUAGACACAUGCACUUGUAUUGUGAUGGUCCCGUAGGAAAAGUGACUGACACUCACUGACUUGUAGUUUGCAAUCUGCCCCGAGAACUGAACAAACACAACACACGGAGACCGACCAACAGACAUCCAUCCAUCCCCCAGCUGCAGUGAUGCCCUAAUGUGUGCGUGUGUGUGUGUGUGUGUGUGUGUCUUGUUGUCUGUCCUUACCGCCCUGCAGUGCACGGCGAUCCCGCUGGGAAUAUGUGUCAGCCGCACGGCCGUCUGAUUGAUACAGGCAUGACACCACACACAUACACAGGCAUGCCUCAUUCAUUCGCCCCAAAGUAUUACCUACCGCCCUACAGUUGACGCUCUGCCCGCCUGAUGUGUGGGUGUAUCCAACCACAGAUGCGAUGCAAACAGCCGAUUAGGCCAUACCAUGCAGGUGUUCAGCUAUGAAUGCCAUCCAUCCAUCCCUCGCAGGCAGUACCUGCCCCCGACGCGCGCAUGGUUUCCGCUUUGAGCUCAUCCUUCCUGAUGACAAUCGCCUCGGCCUCAGGCGUCUCAGGGAAGACCGUCACCCCAGCAAACGACGUGUGCCUGGCGGGCCCUUGACCACACACGACAUCCAUCCAUCCAUCCACCGUGUGUGUGUGUGUGUGUGUGUGGUGUGCCGCAUCGUGUGCACCUCUUUUCACCGCUGUCAAACGGUGAUAUCCUGAUGAGCCGAUGGACGCCCGUCUCGCCCUUGAGAUAAGGCAGUGGCAAGCCGGACGCGUGCCGCAUGUGUAAGACUAGCUUGUGAUAACCCGCCAUGUCGCCGGGCACCUGGUGGACAGUGUCGACGCUCCAGCCCUGGGAGGCUCCGAAGCCCUCGUACAUGUCGCCGAGCAUCUCCACCCAAUCCAUCGACUCGGUGCCGCCCGCACCACCUGCAUAUAUCAGACAGACAGACAGACAGACAGACAGGCCGGUCCAUUCACAUAUGCCAUUCGAUCAUUCAUGUGAACGAGGGCGUCGAUCUCUCACUGACUCUGUAUCUCGAUGAAGCAGUUGCCGAGGUCUUCGGCCCUCAGGGCCGUCUCCAGCUUCAUCUCCUCCACACGCAGGUGGAGGACGCGCAGGUCACCCUCGCACACACGGAUGAGCUCGGAAUUGUCUUGCGCCUCAGGCUCGUUCUCACUCCCACUCCCCCUCUCACUUUCAGCCCAGCACAGCUCUAGCAGGUCCUUGGUGGCCUCCAUCUUGCUCACGAGGCUGCCGAGCUCAUCGAUGGUGUCCUUGAGCGCCAGCUGGGCCUUCUGCUCGGCUGUCAGGCGAGUCACCCGGCCCUCCUGCAGGUCGCUGUCUAUCUGCGCAACAGAUCUGACAGACAGACAGACAAGCAAACGCACAGAAUACACAGAGAUGGUGAAUGAAUGAGACGAUUGGUGGUAGACGUGUCCACACCUCUUGAUAUGAUCAUAUUGCGUCAUGGCCAGCAGAUCUUUCAGCGCCGCAUCGCUCCUGUCCAGCACCUCACUCGGACGGACAGAAGAUGAAGCACAGCGACGGUGGAUGGGUGACGGGAGGUGCGAUGCUGCUUGACGCAAGACAAGUGCAAGGCGAAGAUGGCCACUGAUGCGCCUGCUUUGCAUCUGACUCUCUC